GUGCAGUGCUUUACUCGCUUUACUCAUUUGUCUAAAAGAGCCGACAUUCUGUUGCUGGAAUAUCUUAAAUUAAGAUUAAGUUAUUAAUUCGAAGAAAUCUUGUGGAAAUAUAUUCAAUCAAUAUCUAUUUAUUCUAUCAAUUAUUGUCCACUGUCCUGUAAAGUCCUUAAAUUUCGCCCAUUGAAGUGAAGAUCGAAAAAUGAAAAUAAUGAAGGAUAGCAAUAUGCCGUCAACAUUACUUAUUGAUAUUGAGGGGACCACGACGUCAAUUUCAUUCGUGAAGGACGUCCUUUUCCCCUACGCCAGAAGUGAAAUGGAACCAUUUCUGAGGGAAAAUUGGACAAAUUCCGAUGUCCAAGAACUUAUUGGCUUGGUGAGAGAUCAGUCUCACUACGAUGCAAAGAAGGGUCUUCUUCCGGAACCAUUGCCAGAUCCAGAAUCUGAGCCUGACCAAGAAAAACUCAUUCGUGGCGUUCUGGACAAUCUAAUUUGGCAAAUGGAUAACGAUAGGAAGACAACGGGGUUGAAAACUAUACAAGGGAAAAUCUGGUGGCAAGGAUAUGUCGACGGAAUUUUGAAAAGCCAAGUGUAUCCAGAUGUUCCGAAAGCUUUUGAGCGAUGGUCAAAAUCUGGCAGGAAACUUUUCAUUUAUUCCAGUGGCAGCGUGGAAGCACAAAUUCUUUUGUUUCAACAUACUGAGAACGGUGAUUUAUCAAAUUUACUUUCUGGAUAUUUCGAUACCACAUCGGGUUCGAAAGUUGAGUCCAAGAGUUAUAUUAACAUUGCGUCGAAAAUUGGAGUGAAGCCUCAAGAUAUUUUAUUUUUUACGGAUAUUACCAAAGAGGCAUACGCUGCAAAAGAAGCUGGUUUGGAAGUUGCUGUUCUAGUUCGACCUGGAAAUGCUGCCUUGACUUUUGAUGGAUCAGAUGAACUUCCCACUUUGCAAAGUUUUGAUGAAUGUAUUUCUGAGUGAAAGGUACUGAUAUACUGUAGUCAAUCCAACUACAAAUGGUUUUGAUGUCCAACGUUAAUUGAAUCUACACGUCUACAAAUAUUCAAUCUUUCUACCAACUUUUGUAUGUAUUUCUCUAAUUUAUUAUUUGAAUAAAAAAAAUUAAGCAAAGCAAUGCUGAAA